ACAGCACCAUGGUUGCAUCCGUACUCCUCACCAGUGGAGCGAAGAUGCCCAUUGUGGGUUUGGGCACCUGGAGGGCAGAGGACAAUGUCACCGAGGCUGUGCAAGAGGCCAUCAGUCUUGGGUAUCGGCACAUCGACUCCGCCUACGUUUACCAAAAUGAGAAGGAGAUUGGCGAAGGAGUUCAGGCCAUGAUCCAGAAAGGAGUGGUGAAACGGGAGGAGCUGUUUGUCGUCAGCAAGUUGUGGAGCACUUGCCACCUUCCCUCUCUGGUGAGGAAGUCUUGCGAGAAGAGUCUGAGCGACCUGGGACUGGAGUAUCUGGACCUCUACCUGAUGCACUUCCCCAUGGGCAUGAAGCCUGGAGAUGAGCUCUUCCCUCUUGACGAGGAAGGAAAGAUUAUUUCAGACGGCUGCGACUUCCUGGACACGUGGGAGGCCAUGGAGGAGCUGGUAGAUGCCGGACUGGUCCGGGACAUUGGCCUCUCUAACUUCAACAGCGAGCAGAUCGAAGCGAUCCUCAACAAGCCUGGUCUCAAGUACAAGCCGGUCGUCAACCAGAUCGAGAGCCACGCCUACCUGAGCCAGGAGAUGCUGAUCAAGUACUGCCACUCCAAAGGCAUCUCUGUUGUGGCCUAUGGUGCCUUGGGAUCACCUGGCCGACCCUGGGCCUCAGAUGAAGAGCCCACCUUGUUUGAGGAAGCAGAAGUCAGAGCCCUUGCCGAGAAGUACAACAAGACAUCCGCACAGAUUCUCAUCAGGUUCCACAUCCAGAGGAACGUUGUCGCCAUUGUCAAGUCCAUAAAGCCACAACGGAUCAAGGAGAACUUCCAGGUGUUUGACUUCUCCCUGACUGAGGAUGAGAUGAAGACCCUGCUGAGCCUGAACAAGAACUGGAGAGCAUUCCCUGUAACCUGGGGAUCCAAACAUAAAGACUUCCCUUUCAAUUCAGAAUACUGAGGCUGCACUAUCAGAUGCCAAUUCUGAAACAACGAAGAGGAUUCAAAAUCACCUCAGCAUUCCAACUCUUCUGUCACGCCAGUUCACUUCAACCACCAGGAUGUUUGAAUAUCUGACAACGGAUGAAAGAUGGCAGCCGAACCACUGACUCUUCUGCUCCUUUGAGUUUUUGUUAAGAAGUAGCAGACAUCCAUGACGCAAGAGAUGCAUUUUCACUGCUGGGUCCCUCACUCUUGAAGAUCCAGGAGUCGUCCAGGAGAGUCUCACAGUAGAACCGCAAGAGAAACUAGUUUGGAGGUCAAAUACAAGAAAGACAAUAAAGCCAGUAUAA